GAACCAUACCACUCGUGCAAUAUGUUUUGUUUCAGGAUUUCCCCCAGGCUUCUGAUAUGUGACAUUUUGAUGCGCCAUAUCACAUCGCGUAUCAAAUCUUGAUCGAAUAGUCCCCAAUAGGCCAUGCUCAUAAUAAACGACUCUCCACGAGUUCGAUAUCUCUGUCCAGACUCCGACAAUUUCUAUCAGCCCCGUAUCAUUUUUCACCACGCCUUCCAAGUCCUUCUUGCCCACCACCCCCAGGCUCUGCUGUAAUCCUUCGACAACUGGGAGCCAACGUUUUCUGUGCUUCCACGACCCUAGAUCCAUCUGAUCACAAUCCCGAUUCUCUACAUCAUUCGGCCUUUAUUCUUCUCAAUCAUUUAAAUAACUGCCCACAAAACAUAGUCAUGAACCAUCUCGAUACCCCCGCUCUAACCUCCAUGACCGACAGCAUGGCAUACUCCUCCGGCAAUUAUAUGGCUCACAGCGCGUAUUACUCGUCCCCCCCAAUGCAUCACAGUGGCCAUCACGAGGUUGACCCACAGCCGCGACAAGAGCAGCCUGCGCGCAAACGACCAAAGUACACACGCAGCAAAACGGGCUGCUUGACGUGCCGGUGCGAUGAGGCCAAGCCAAACUGUAUGCGAUGCAGCCAUGGACAACGAGAUUGCACAUGGCCCGAGGGCGUUCCUGCGCGGAAACGGGCUUCGUCCGUCAAGGACUCGCCCGAGAUUGGCCGCCCAUCAACGGCGUCGUCACCCGGGAUCUCCGACAGCUCGUCGCCAUCCUCGACCCGUGGCCACACACCGCCCCAACGCAGUCCGGUGGAAUUAAGUCUGCCGCGUGAACUAAACCUCCCCCCGCUACUGAACUCUCGGCGGCCAGAACAUAGCUACCUUCCUCCGAUGAAUUCCGGCGACAUGGACCGACGUGAAUACUCGCGCGAACGUGCCCGGUACUCGCCGCCGCAGGACUCGCCGCUGUCUGUGUCCCAUGUGGCUGAAAUCCCGACAUACCCGAGUCGGUACGACCCCUACUCGACGCACCAACAUGUUGCUCCCUCACGGCAUCUGACCGCUUCGAGCGUGCGAAGUACGAUGGGGCAUCCUUCUGUGCAGCAGCACUGGAGUCCUCCGCCGAUUCUGUCGCCAGAACCAUAUGUGCGCAGUGCUUCUGAAUUUAUCACCACCACGAGCGCCAACUUGUACACUCUUCCGGCGACCAGCUUCCCCGAUACCACUGAGCCUAAUGUUCUCUGCUAUCUCUAAGUUACAUCCUACUACAUAAAAGCAUGGUCUAUGCUCAUGCAGUCGCUACAUUAUUUGCUUUCGUUACAGCUUAUUCACAAUCGCAUUAUCUUUCUGUGCCUUGCGCCG